AUGUCUGGACGGGGGUCUUAUGCGCAUCCUCCGCCAACCAAAGCGGUUAUUGUGUUCAGGAACGGAGAUGCUUUUUAUCCCGGCCGAAAGUUUGUUAUCAAUCAACGCCAGUCAUCCACUUUUGACAGCUUUCUGAACACGGUCACUCGAGGCAUCACAGCUCACUUUGGGGCAGUGCGAAAUAUUUACACCCCUAACAAGGGUCACAGGGUGGCGAAUCUGGAGCAGCUGGUGCAUGGAGAGAUAUAUGUGGCAGCCGGAGCAGAGAGACUUAAAAAAAUGGACUAUGAUCACAUAACAACACAGAAACCUCCAAAAAAGAAAAGUGAACCGAUCCAACCUGUAGUUCACAGCAGAAUAAUUGUCCCAGCUCGAUGGAAGAGAAUCAGUAAUGAGUCGUGCAUCAUCAAUGUUUUUACCAAUGGAGAUAUCUUGGUUCCUCCAGCACGGGUGCUGAUUCCCAAACACACGCUUGCUAGCUGGGAAAACGUAUUGGCCACGGUGACCGAGAGAGUUCACCUUCGCACUGGAGCUGUGCACAGAUUGUGCAUGCUGAAUGGGAGGCCUGUACGUGGAUCGUAUGAGCUACAGAACAACCACUAUUAUGUUGCUGUAGGGACAGAGAGAUUCCAGUCUUUGCCAUAUCAUCUGGCCCCAAGCAAGGGAGUAAUCCACAAUAUCACCGAUGUGGCAACCACUAUUAUGGUCAACAAUGGCAUUCAUCCAGUUCUAAAAAAAGAAAAACAAGACAGAACUUUGUUCGCAAAACCAGGAGUGGACAGCGCCGGCUCCGUUUUUUACGCCAAACAGCCCAGGCAGGGCUUGAAAAUCCCAGAUCUCUUUGCUACGGCGGAAAAAAGUGUCUUCAGAUCCACCAACAAAAGGAAGGAGGCAGUAGUAGCAUCUGAAGUACUGGAAGAUGAAAAUAUGAAGGUGGAUCUUCCUAUUGAGCAGAUGGAAGUAAAAGAAGUUGAGGAGGAACAAAACUCCUACAAAGACCCCAGACCAGGAAGUGAUAGCCCUGCCAAAAACUUCAAAAACCAUAAAAAUGCAGUUUUUUCAACAAGGUCCUCCCCUUCCAGAACCAAUAAGAUCUCAGAAUAUACCUCGAGUAUGAAGGAGUCAAGAGACUUCCAACCCAACAGCCAUGGAGAGAGCAGGGACCAGUCAUUAGAUCAACAAGAACCAAAAGACACCAAGGGGGAGGAGAUGUCCUCAGAGAAGUGUGGAAUACGAUCGCAUAUGUCUAAGUUUUUAAAGGAAAAGAAAAAAGUAACCUUGAACUGCGGACCUAAUGGCUUUUAAGUAACAGAUUUCUGGUCGAUGAGGAUGUUCACUCGCAUGCCACAAGCAAGACAUUAAAGAUUUUCAAAGCAUCUCGCCAUAGCUUCUAACAUGGAAAAAAAUAAUGUUCGGAAGACCUUGUAUGAGCAGACGGCACUGUCUCUGUGUGAUCUCAGCUGCUGUUCUGAUGAUGGGCUUUGUGAAGUGCACAACUGCCCGGUUACACAUUAGUUUGAUUGCCAGUUUUCUCUGUUCGAAGCGAGCUUUGAUGCAUAUCUCGAGAUGAAAGCCAAACUUCUCCAGCGAGUCCAUUGUAGAUGGGGUUCCAUAUUUGCUUCAGGCACCAUGAAGACCUUCAAUAAUCUUCCAAUAUUGGCAUGAACAUAAUUUAUAAUU